GCGUUACUGUCCAGAGUCACCCUGAGACCAUGGGAACAAAAAAUACUCACAUCCAUACAGUUCAGCCCAGCUUCCUGCUCAAAGCAGCUCUGCUGUCUGUCCUGCUGUGCGGCCCAUGGCACGUAGCAUCAGACUCAGAUGAGGUAGUUCUGACUGAGUGGGAGAUCUGGAAGAGCAGCCAUGGCAUAACCUACGAUGAAAUGGACGACAUGCAAAGGAGGGUCAUCUGGGAGGAGAACAAGCAGAUGAUUGAAGACAGCAAUCAAGGGUUUCUUAUGGGGAUGAAGUCAUUCUCUAUGGCCAUGAAUAAAUAUGGAGACCUGACAAGACAAGAAUACCAGGUUUUGCAAGGUGCCAUGAUAGACGCCCAGUACGUAAAGAGAGGGAAGACCGUCUCUGCCCGAAAGCUGCGUAACAGUGCUAAGAAGUUUGACACUUGGUUUGUCGACUACAGGAACACAGGCUAUGUCACUGAGGUGAAAGAUCAGGGUUACUGUGGCUCAUGCUGGGCCUUCAGCACUACAGGAGCUAUUGAGGGACAAAUAUACAAGAGGACAGGUCAGCUUAUAUCCUUGAGUGAGCAAAACUUGGUGGACUGCUCCAAAUCGUAUGGUACCUUUGGCUGCAAUGGUGCCUGGAUGGCCAACGCCUACGACUAUGUGGUGAACAACGGGCUGCAGUCGACAAGCACCUAUCCUUACACCUCAGUGGAUACCCAGCCCUGUUAUUACGACAGCAGACUUGCGGUUGCUCAUAUUAAAGACUACAGGUUCAUACCCAAAGGAGAUGAGCAGGCUCUGGCUGACGCUGUGGCAUCUAUUGGUCCAAUCACAGUAGCCAUUGAUGCAGAUCAUUCAAGCUUCCUGUUCUACAGCUCAGGAAUAUACGAAGAGCCCAACUGUAACCCCAACAAUCUGAGUCACGCAGUGCUGCUGGUUGGCUAUGGCUCUGAGGGAGGCCAAGACUACUGGAUCAUCAAAAACAGUUGGGGUACCAGUUGGGGGGAAGGCGGCUUCAUGCGAAUGAUCCGGGAUGGCAGAAACACUUGUGGCAUUGCGAGCUAUGCCUUGUACCCUAUUCUAUGAUUCUGAUCAGUCGAGCGUUAAUGCUAAACUCUUCCGCUGGUCUUUCAGUGGAGCUCCAGAAAACAACAUCAGUAAUUGCUUAUACAGCUAAUGUCAUCUCUAAAGUACUCCUGUCUGUAUUCUCUAAACCCUCUGCUGAACCUCUCUGACACUGUUUUGUGGAAACAGCUUUUUAGAGUGAACACAUUACUUCUCUCAGGGACAUGGCACACACACAAGAUGCAGUUAGCCUUUCAAAUACUUUUUUGAUCCGUAAAACUCACCAAAUAUGGAAAAUACGAUGUAAAUAUUAAAGCAAAACUAUGGACAAUUUUGAACAGCAUGAAUUUAUAAUAACAAAUUUCUUAAAAAAGUAAAAAGUUACAUUUACAAAUAAUAAAAUGCACAAUUAAAUUUUGCUAAUAGAACCUUUCUUGGUCCAGCGUGACCAGUAUGAUGGCUUAUUGUGUAACAGACAUUACUGAGUAAGCCCGUUGACUUUAUGACUUUUCCAGUUGUGCUACUGUCACAGUAGCUUAGCAUUUUAGCCAAACAGUUUAGCAUUUAGCGUUAUCACAUAAAGGUCUGGUCACAUCAGGAUUAAAAAACAGAAGAAUUUUCAAUGAAAUCAGUUAAUUCCAGUGGAAUUGUGGCAGUUUUUCAGGGUUUUCUUGGGGGACGAUUCUUUUUUGUUGAGUUUAACUGUGAUGACCCCUGAUUUAGUGGAACCAGGGCGUCCAAAAUGGAGGAGGCUAUCAGCUGUUUUAUUUGUCCUCCUCUGUUGGAGAAACUACUCAACAGAAGAGCCAUGGUUUGCUUACACGAUACAAACUGAAUAAACUCUGUGAACCUAUAUUCUCGCCACAGACGCCGCUGUUCCACCAGUUACAUAGUCUUGCUUUAACAAAUGAGUAAUAAUUAUUCAUUAUCAUUAUGCAACCCAAACCAACAAUAGAGUAAAUCAGGGUGUACUGGUCCCUGACCAUUGGUGGUCAAUGAGAAAUGUUAGCCACUUCCUGUUUUUUUUACUUUCAUGUUGUAUCUUCAGGCUGCAAAACAGUUGUUGUUUUUUUUUAUAAUAACACUUGUUGUACUUGGUAGAAACUGCAUAUUGAGAGGGGAAGGGAUGGAGUGGUGGUGGUGGUGGUGGGGAUAUACAUUAAAAAUUUGAUCUGAGCCUGGAGGCCUAAUUUCAGGCCUCAACUUGAACCUGUUGGAGACAGAAUGAAAUGGUGUUUACCUUCAAUGCAAGUACAUUUUUCAGUUUUUUUCCAGCCAUUAUACACAAUGUUUUUUUUAUCAGUUACUUACUGGAUUAACUGUAAUGUUUUAACUUAUGGACUGACUGAUGAUAAAGAGAUGAACAUUUUC